AUGGGUUUAAACGGCGUUGAAAUCCGUUCUGAGAGCCAAGAAGUGAGGAAUUUGGUACGAGAUCUGGAGAAUGCCACUACGCUGCCUUCGAGAGGUAAAGCCACCAAGAGAGUUUGUGAUUUGUUUGAUAGCGACAAGAAAGUUGUCAGCUGGAAAUUUCAAGAGUGGGACUACGGAAAAAAGAAUAUUAAGUUGCCUUGUAAUGCUCGUGGUCUGUUCAUUUUGGAGGAUGACGAUAAGCCUGAGAUAGUCGCUCGUGGUUAUGACAAGUUCUUUAAUGUGGAUGAAGUACCUUUUACAAAAUGGGACUAUAUCGAAAAAAAUACUGUUGGACCUUAUGAUGUGACUCUAAAGUCCAAUGGAUGCAUUAUAUUCAUAUCUGGCCUUGCCGAUGGUACACUUGUUGUUUGUUCUAAACACUCAACAGGUGCUAGAACAGACGUUGAUAGAAAUCAUGCAGAGUCUGGUAAGUCUUUCCUCUUAAGUCAGCUUGCCAAGUUAGAAAUUGAUUCAAGAGAAUUCGCUAAGAGAUUACACGAAUUAAACGUAACAGCAGUGGCCGAAUACUGCGACGAUUCAUUUGAGGAACAUAUUUUGGCAUAUGAGGGAGAAAAAGUGGGAUUGUACUUGCAUGGGAUCAACCUCAACCAACGGGAUUUUGCUACUUGGCCAAUGGAAGACGUGGCUAGAUUCGCAUCUCAGUAUGGUUUCAAGCCUACAGAACACUUCAAACUGGAGGACAUCAAGAAACUGCGAACAUUUGUGGAUGAAUGCUCUCAACAUGGCAGCUACAAUGGUACCGAAGCUGAAGGUUUUGUCAUUAGAUCGCAUUUGAAGGAUAGUGGUGAUGAUUUUUUCUUUAAGUACAAAUUUGAAGAGCCUUACUUAAUGUACAGACAGUGGAGAGAGGUAACAAAGGACUAUAUCACAACUAGGUCUCGAGUUUUCAAAUUUAAAAAACACAAGUUCAUCACCAACAAAUAUUUGGACUUUGUAAUCCCUCUGCUAGAAAAUGAUAAACAGAUGUGCGAUAAUUAUCUAAGAGGAUUUGGAAUCAUCAAAUUACGGAAUGCUUUUUUGCAGGACUAUGGAAUGUCAGGUAUGGAAAUUCUAAACUAUGAAAGAGUUAAAGAACUGGAGCUUAGGAAUGCAGUGGAUUUUGAUAAAGUUGACGAGAACACCAAGUUUUUGAUUUUCCCUGUAGCGGUAAUUGGCUGUGGUAAGACUACAACCUCUUUGACACUGAAGAAUUUAUUUCCCAAAUCCUGGGCUGUGGUCCAAAACGAUGACAUUACGUCGAAAGAUAAGUCGAUGCUAAUGAAAAAGUCUCUAGAGUUAUUGGCCCAGCCAGAGAUCAAGUGUGUCGUUGUUGACAGAAAUAAUCAUCAGUAUAGAGAAAGAACACAACUGUUUACCUGGUUUGAAGAGCUAAAAGAAGAUUAUCUGGCUUAUGAUACAAAUGUCAAGAUAAUCGGUUUGUCAUUUUUUCCCUACGAUGAAUUAGAUAAAGUUGGGGAGUUGACAAUCGCAAGAGUGCUAGCCAGAGGUGAUAAUCAUCAAAGCAUCAAGUCCUCUUCAUAUGGAGAACAAAAAGUGUUGGGUAUAAUGCGGGGAUUUAUGAACAGAUUUCAACCCGUUAACGUUGAAAGGCGACCUGACAGCUUAUUUGAUUUGGUCAUUUCAUUACGAGUUUAUAAUAAGAACUCGUCACUACACAACGCCAAAACAGUUUUACAUGAGCUUAACAAAGAAUAUCCAGUGUUGGUUCCAGAAGUUCCAUCUUCUGAUAGAAUUGAACAAGCAUUUAAUCAAAGUUUGAAUUACAAGCCUAAGAUCACCAAAAUCGUGAGAGGCAUUGGUGGUAGUGAGUCUAAAAAAAAUCUACCCACCUUUUUCUCAGCACAUAUUAAUAAUCGCUUGGAGAUUAUAGAGGAAAUCUCUAAUCUUGUCCAAAAUGCGAAACUUGACGAUGCAGCAAAAUCUGGAAUCAAGAAGUUGUUUCAAGAGAAUAAAUUCCAGUCAGAGUUUCAUAUCACACUUUCCCACAUUUCACAAAGGAAGAAAGGAACUGAGCUUCAAAGAGCCACUUGGCAAAAUCUAAUUCAUCGGUAUCAGAAUCUAAUAUCAACUAUAAAAAUACAAAAAGAGGAAAGACAUUGUCUUUCAACGAAGGAUGUGGUCAAAUUCAGUAUUCGGAAACUCUGCUGGGACGAGAAGAUCGUUGGAAUUUUAGUUGACCUUCCCGAGGAACAUUUAUUUGACGUCGAUGGUGAAGCAGUGCCGAGAAUAAAUUUUCGUAACGAAGUGUCGCAUAUCACAGUCGGCAUAUUGGAAACCGGGACACCUCCCUUUUACACAAAUGAACUAUGUCGAAAAGUGCUAUCGUCCGACAAGAAAAGAGACUAUCACGUCUUAGAAUUUGAGUAUCCUAAGAGGUUCGAAGCUAAUGUCCGCAUAACCUUUCAAUAA